AAAGCGGAAUGGCGGAAACGAAUUUUAUGAGUCGAAAGAAAUUGAAGUAAAGUUUUGGUACUCUUAUCGAAUACAGUAAAAUAUAUUGACAGAUAUGACGUCACAUUCGGCAAAUAGCAGUGAUAAUGAUAAGGUGAACAGUAAAAAUCACAAUAAAAAGUCAAACAGUCCGCGAUCGAAAAAGAAGCCCAAUUCACUGCGUUCACCGACAACAAUGUUGCCACAAUCCAGUUCUGUUUCUGGAAAUGAAUCCAUUGGAUUGAAUAGUCUAUCUGGCAAAGAGAAGCCACAUCAUAAAUCGUACGCCGGUCUUGCAUCGAAAUCGAUAAAGUGUAUUUGGGAACAGUUUGAUACCAGUGAAACCGAAGUCAAUCCAGAAGUUUAUGGUCGAUUGGCUGAGGAUGCAACAUACAAACUGUGGGAACUAUGUAAUAACCUGAAAACGUACACUCGACAUUCCGGCGGAAAGCUAACCGUCGAUUUGACGAACGAAGUCCUUAAAGAUGCUGACGUUCCGCCGGUGAUUGGAGCUGGCAUCAAUAACUGGGAUCAAAUCGAUUAUGAUGGGACGUACUACUUUCAUUUCGAUGAAGUGCUCGAGCUGCGAGAUGAAUACAAUAAAGAGGUAACAUUAAACCAGCCGGGACCGUUGAACCUUUCAUCGAAUUGGUUUGCAAAUAAAAAGUCGGUGAAGAAUUUAGAGGGUUUAAGUACGUCUCUCAGCAAUGCAAUUUUCACGGGUAACGAUGCCGCAUUCAAAUAUGCAAUUCAAGCGACCACCAUCAACCCAUACAUUGGAUGCAUUCUACAGCCACUUUUGAAUAAGAUUUUAUCGAUGAUCGUCAUUACAUACACCGAUGAAACACUCGAUCGAGCCAUUAAAUUUCUGUCAGCAAUCGUGUACAAUUACAACAGUCGCGAAGCGACAGCAAACUAUCAAUUGCUUCACAUGAGUCAAUUGUUAACGUGUUUAAUACUGGGCCCAUUGGAUUUAAACCAACAUCUGAGCGACGAACAAAAGAAAAUGGAGGAAAAAAUCAACCAAAUCGCCGGUGAGCUGGAACAAUCUCCGACAACCAAUAAUAUUUUCCAAUUGGAUGGCAUUCAAUCUCACAUAAAGACAACAUCGCUGAGUGAUCAAAUUGAUUUCGUUAAACAAGAGGGAAUGUACUACGAGGAUAUGAAAGAGAUCGAGCCGACCACUUCGUAUUCGACGAUUGAUGACUUUCAAGCGGUCAUGCAAAUUAUGCGAAAUGAGGGAUUCGACAAAAUGGAUGGUGUGGCUUGCAAGAAGCCAAAAAUCAAACACGAACUGAAAGACAGUGCAUACGAAUUUGAGGUCGGUACCAGCUACGAAGUUCAGGAUUUUAUACCGGUGCAGCAACCAACAUUUGUACCUGUAUCGGAUGACAAAAUUUUCCAAGACACAAAACUAUCGUUGAUAGAAACACCUGGCAAAUACUCGUCUCUAGUUACUCGGAUGUGUGAUGAUCGGUUCGUCGACGAUUUAUGCUCAUUGGUUGGAAAUAUGGCGGCGAAUUGGGGCUACUUUGAAGGUGAAAUCAUUUUCAUUUUAACAAAGCGACUGGAAAUUUACUUCAACUUGAUGGAAAUCAGCAACACUCCAGACUACCAAUGGCUAAUGAGAAUCGUGCGACUGCUUUCUGUAUUAGGAGAAUAUGCUUUCCGGGAGUUGACGGUCUACUUCGAUAAAAUCGAUCCACUCGUAGUUCCCGAAUGUCUUCAAUGCCACCUGAAUUUCCCUGCCAUAUUUCUGCGCGGUCGAGAAGACAUAUUUUUUCAUGAAUAUUUAAACGAUCUCUGUGGAGACGGACUGCUUCCAUUUAUGUUAUAUUUUUCAAAUUAUACUCUUAAGAAGUCACAAACGAAACGAAAAUCGGUGGAGCCCACAUUUAAAAUCGCUCCGAAAUUGGUGCUGCGAACAAUAAACAAAAUUGAAAAUAAAAUCUCCACACUGGAUGAUGCGUUCCCCGAGCGAGCGUCACUCAAACGGCGAAAUAUUGGAUUCAAAUUUGCCGGAUGCUGUCCGGUUAUAUUGAAAUCGAAAUUGCCAUCACCGGCCGAUGUUAUUCAGCAGGCAGAUUUGUUGACGAAUUUCAACAACAAGGUGGUGAUUUGCAAGAGGAAAUUGUUAAAGUCCAUUACCGAUGCGAAGAGCAUUGAACAAAAAAGUGAUUUUCGAUGGUUAAGGAUCUCGUAAUUUUAAGAUUUCUCAUUUUAUUAAAACACAAAUUACAAACAGAAAUCCAAACAAAUCAGUCGAAGAAAUCUGGUGUAAGAAAUUCACUCGUCGAUAUAUAUUUCCCCGUCGCAGCCUUCGAUAUCCUCCGGUGAGAAGAAACCGCCAUGAACCGUUGACAAGUGUGCGUAAAUUUCAGAAUCAGUACUCAGCACUCCGCAUACCCAACACCAAUGGGCAUUACAAACAGUUCCAUCGGUGAGUACGUUUUGACAGGUAAUAUGAUUACAGCCUCCAUACUUCUCCGUUAGGACUUUGCAUUUCGGACAUUCUUUAGCGAGUGUGUGGUGAGUGUCAACACAAUCCACACAUUGAAAGUCGACAAUCUCCUGCUGUUCGCGUCCGCAUUCACGUGGCAUAGCUUGUUUAAUUGCAAAACACUUCAAGCACCACGCAUAAAUAUAGGCCGGAUCGAAUGCUGUAACGUCCAUAGUAUUCAUCAGAGUGCAUAGUGCACGAUUGUAUUGUUUGACAAUUUUUAAGGCAGGUAUUCGCUUGCAAUAGCAGCAUACUAGCUGAGCAGGUUGACAAACACGACCGGGUGCCAGUUGAUUGUACCAUGAAUUGAGACAUUUUCGGCAGGCUUCUAUUGAGCAGCCUUUUUUCGUAAGGCCACAGAUGGGCAAAAGUUUGUCAGAUGGAACUUCUUCGAAGCAAAUCAUACAUUGCGACGCCUUCAGUUUCAUAAGAAGCGAAAUGAGUGUUUGUUGUAUCUCCUUCACAUUCCAAACCUCCUUACGCGACUCGCCGACCAUGAAUGAAUGGUUCAUCAGUUCCUUUUCGUCAAUGUUUUCGAAAUUCCGCAUCACCUUCUGUUUUUCCUCUAUUGACAUCUUAAAGACUCUGGUUUUGUCGUCGAAGAAAGUGACAGGAUCAAUGUCCAUACCAAUAAAUCGUGCCCCAUUUUGACGAACGUAUUUCUCCACAGUCAGGUUGCAUUUCUGUCCAACUCUGAUGUUGUUUUGCGCACAAACAGCGCAAGUAUAAUCUGACAAUGGGAGCGAGCGUUGGUACAAAAACUUGCUCUUACACAAUUGGCAUGUAACUGAUGGUGCCACUUUACCCAGACGACAGAAGUGACACUUUGCUCUGCAUCUUAAAUCAUCCUUUGCGUAAACAGCGUAAUGAACCAGACAUUUUCGACACUCGCACAUCCAGCUGUCUGUUUCUGAUUUCGGUUCUAAGUAACUGACUCCAUCGUUCAAAAGGCACAAAGCGCAAGUAUCAUCCAAUAGCAAUGUCACCGAGCGCCAUUGUC